AUGGAGUACCAAGAAACAGAGGAGGAUCGGUUGGCCGAAGUCUUCCAGCGGCUGGAUGUGCAUGAGCGCCGCAAGAUUAGCGCCAAGGACAUCCAGCUGGCGUUCCGCACCAUCGGCGUCUCUGUGACGCGGGCCCGUGUCGACGACAUCGUGUGGGAGUGCGACUCGGACGCAGACGGCUUUCUCACCCUCGCAGACAUCGAGAGCAUGUACUAUCGCGCCCCGCAAGAAGCGUCUGAGUUUUCGCCGUCGCGUCUGCUCAACCUCGUCGAGUUUCUCAUGUACGAUCCCGAGUCAUCCGGCUUUAUCACCGUCGAGGAUGCCAUGCACAUCAUCUGUCGCCGCUUCCGCGAGCAGCUCUCUCCGGCUCUCCUCCGCAAGUUUCUCCUCGAUACCCAGCUCUCGCCGGCCAAGACACUCUCGUUCAAGGAGUUUGUCCGCCAGAUCAGACUCCGUCUCAAGCUUGCUGCACGCUCGAUCACCUGA